CCGCGCUCGGUGGUGGGAGGGGGGCCGGGUCCCCAGCGGGGGUGGUGGGCGUCCUGAGAGCGGGUGCCCCCCGUGUCCCGGCUCUUUGGGGCGGGGUCAGCCCCAGGCUCCCCCCACCGGAACGAAGGAGCUGCCGGUUUAGGCUGGAGCGGGAGCAGCGCGGGGUCCAUCAUCUGUCCCUGGACAGGAUGGCUUCUCCCAGCCCCUAGGCCCGUGGGCAGGGUCACGGGUGGCCCUUCCUCGCGUGUACGAGGAGUUGCCCCGCCCUGUAGUGCCCGGCUCGGGAGCCAAAGCUCUGCUGGGCUGUGGAGCGUGUGGAGAUAGGGAUCCUGCAGCAAGGCAGGUCCAGGCCUCGGCAGCCUGACACGUUCAGGGUUAAUGAGAGAAGGCGAAUUUUUAUCUAUGAGAGCCAGGGUGGAACUUCCAGGCCAGGCAGUCUUGAGUUUCACAGCCUGGGGAGAGGUUUCACGGGGGUGGGAAGAGGUAAUGUUGCUGACACAGAGCGGCAGCAUCCACGCAGGUCACUGUGGAAUCAUCCUGAAAAAGAUCUAUGUGAGAAUGACCAUGUUCUUCUGUCUCUUAACCCUUACAUCUGGAUCUCAAAGUAGGUGUAAUUUGGAGGAGGUUAGUGAAUAUCCUGCUCCGUUAUGAGAAGACAUUCACCAACAUAAAGUCUGGAAGAAGAUUUCUCUAAGAAAAUCAAAGAGCAUAGAAUCCUUGAAUAAAACAGAAGACAUUUAGAGUUCCAUAAGCUUUGGCUAUCCGGGUCUUAAAAAAAAAUGAACCGCUACACAAUCAUGAAACAACUAGGUGAUGGCACCUAUGGCAGUGUGUUGAUGGGGAAGAGCAACGAGUCAGGGGAACUUGUGGCUAUCAAAAGAAUGAAAAGAAAGUUCUAUUCAUGGGAUGAAUGUAUGAAUUUGAGAGAAGUCAAGUCUCUGAAGAAGCUAAAUCAUGCCAAUGUAAUUAAAUUGAAAGAAGUCAUACGAGAAAAUGACCACCUUUACUUUGUAUUUGAAUACAUGAAGGAAAACCUCUAUCAGUUAAUGAAGGACAGAAACAAGUUGUUCCCUGAGUCAGUCAUCAGAAACAUGAUGUAUCAGAUAUUACAAGGGCUAGCUUUUAUCCAUAAACACGGAUUUUUUCAUAGGGAUAUGAAGCCUGAAAAUCUUCUCUGUAUUGGACCAGAACUUGUGAAAAUAGCAGAUUUUGGUUUGGCUAGAGAACUAAGAUCUCAGCCACCUUAUACAGACUAUGUUUCUACCAGGUGGUACCGUGCUCCUGAAGUUUUGCUAAGAUCAUCUAUUUAUAGUUCACCUAUUGAUAUGUGGGCAGUUGGUAGCAUAAUGGCUGAAUUAUACACAUUAAGACCUCUUUUCCCAGGCACAAGUGAAGUAGAUGAAAUCUUCAAAAUUUGCCAAGUAUUAGGGACUCCAAAGAAGAGUGAGUGGCCAGAAGGAUACCAUCUUGCUUCUGCCAUGAGUUUCCGUUUCCCACAAUGUGUCCCUAUAAGCCUAAAAUGUCUCAUCCCAAAUGCAAGCAGUGAAGCAAUACAGCUUAUGAGUGAUAUGCUGAACUGGAAUCCAAAGAAGAGACCUACAGCAAGUCAGGCUUUGAAGUACCCUUACUUUCAAGUUGGCCAAGUUUUAGGACCUCCGCCACAGUAUCUGGAGAAGCAGACUCGCAUUAAACCAGUUCAGCCAACAGAGCCAAAGCCAGCUUUACCUAAACUGGAAGCUAUAUCCAGGCCAGAGCCUCUGUCUUCACCUGAUGUACCUGACAAAACACAGCCACAGACCCUGUCAAAGGUUAACCACCAGCCUCUUCAGCAAAUUCAGUUGCCUCAGAAUACAGCUAACCAGCAAGUACCAAAACAGCAGCAGCCGCAGGAACAACCAUUUUUUCCAACUAUUGAUAAAAAUUCACCGCUAAAACAAGCAGCUAGUGGCUCUCAGAAUGGUGCAGUAGGUCCUAAAAGCUGCAGAAGACGAUGGGGUCAAACUUUGGUAAAGGCCGUAGAUAGCUGGGAUGAAUUGGAUGACACUGAAUUUGGAAUGUCAUGUUCAAAGAAGCCUAGCAUUGCACUGUUAAAAGAAAAGAAAAACAAGGAAUGUCUUUUUAGUGUGCCAGAACCAAAAGCUUCAUGCUGUAUCCAGCCAGGAGGGGAAAAUAAGGUUCUGAUGAGAAAUGAUUCUGGAAGAUCAAAUACAUCCGCAAAACAAUACUAUCUAAGGCAAUCGAGAUACCUACCUGGUGUAAACCCUAAGAGUGUCUCUUUCAUAUCAGUCAAUAAGGAAGGAUCACAUGGAACCUGGAACAAUCAGUUGUUUUCUAAACCACUGGCACAUACUGGAGGAGGAGUGACUUUCAAUAAAAAUACUACAGAUGAGAACUUAAUUAUACCUAUUGAAAAGCUAUCAUGCAAAGAAAGGUUGAAUGAAAAGUUAGAGGACCCAAAAGGAAAUCCUGGCUUUGUAAGUGGUGCUGCUUACAACCCAUCAGGAGUACAUAUCCCUUCCUUUCAUAAAAAAGAAGUUGGAUCAGCUGGACAACGGUCAGAUUAUUCCUGGAAAACCAAAGCUGCUCAUGCUCAGUUACCAGGACCUGCUUUCAAUUCAGCAGCAAAAAACAUGAAUAUUUUAACUCGCCCACCAACAAUUCAGCCAGUACAUGGAAGAACAGACUGGGUGGCCAAAUACGGAGGAAACAGAUAGAAAAUGCCAUCCUGUAUAGGUAUUAUGUGAGCUCUCUUCAGUUCUCCUGCACUGGAAUCCUGAAAUGCCUAUUUGCUGUAACUUUUCCUAAGACUAUGCAAUAGUAAAGAAGAAAAAAAGACCUUGUGUUCUACUACCUGUAUAAUACAUGUAAUACCAAGUAAAAUUCUGGCUAUAAGUAGGAUUUAUUGAAGUAUUGUAUAAUACAUAUUGCCAAAACUACUGAGAAGUAGAUUUCACGCAAUGUUUUUCUAAAGAUGGAUCUCCUAUCCUUGUACUCUUAAACAACUGUUAUGGUUGUUCGCCCAGUGCAAUGUCCACGGUGGGCAUAUGCUUGAAGUACACAAGGAACUAGAAGCAGGGCUAAAGCAGAGCAGCACCGGGCUUUCAGGUAUUAGGCUGGCUCCUCACCAGAAAGAAGAGUGAAAUCACAGAUUGGGCUUUGUGAAGAACACCACAUUCUCCUACAAGGACUUCAGAACUCACUUGUACCUAAGAGUUACUUAGGGUCUGUAGUAUGCAAGUAUUUGUAGUAGCACUGAGAACGUAACUCCUUAGAGUAGGACAUAAGCAAUCCACUGAUAAAUACUACACAAAGAAGGUCUAAAAACUUGGCCCGUAUAUGGCUGUAGAAUGAUAUAGUGAUAUUGGAGAACAGCCAAACAAGUACUGACUGCUAGACUUAUCUCACCAAGCUGUAGUGAAGCCUAAAAAUUAGAUUCAACUUCCUUAUGACCAUUUGCAGUUAACCCUGCAGGGAGCUAAACACCACACAGCUGUUUGCUCACUCCCCAAGCCCAGUGGGAUGGAGGAGAGAAUAAUUGGGGGGAAAAAAAAAAAAAAAAAAAAAGUAAAAUUCAUGGGUUGAGAUAAAGACAUUUUAAUAAGGCAGAAAGGAAGGGAAAAUAAUAAUGAUAAAAGAAUUGGAAUACACAAAACAAGUGAUGUGCAAUGCAAUUGCUCACCACCUGCCAACUGACGCCCAGCCAGUUCCCGAGCAGCAGCCCCUGGCCAGCCUUCCCUCUCGUUUAUAUACUGAGCAUGACACCAUAUGGUGUGGAAUAUCCCUUUGGCCAGUUGGGUCAGCUGUCCUGGUUGUGUCCCCUCCCAGCUUCUCAUGCUGGGUGAUACCAGAAGCUGAAAAGUCCUUGACUUAAUGUAAACACCGCUUAGCACCAUCUAAAACAUCAUUAUUCUCAUCCAAAACCCAAAACACAGCACUAACAGCUACUAGGAAAGAAAUUAACUCUAUCGCAGCCAAAGAUGUAUAGAGAUUUGUAUCUGUCCUGUCAAGGGAGCAUCCCAGUAACAUUUUAAUGAGCCUGAAUCACUGCAGUCUGUCAGUCAUUUUAAGGGUGAAUUAGUCAGAAAGGCAUAAAUUAUCAGUGAACUCCUGUUUCCAUAUGUCUUUGGUAAUCAAACUAAACUACAGAAGUCAAAUAAGCCCCCAUGUGGGAGGAUAUCGGGCUGUUCCAGAAAGCAAUGUCUUUGAAGUUUACAUCUUAAAGGCCAACUUAGGUACCUGAAAACAUACACAAACUUUAAUAAUGCAAUACCUCAUUGUUUAUGCGUUCAUUCAGUGCUUUCCCUGGCUUCUAUGCUAAGUUUUAUAGUAAUAUCCCACAAAGGACCUUGCAAUGUACAAUAAACUGUUUUUAGGAUGUUGAGCUAGGCUACUUCCGUUAACAACUGCAUUUAGAAUAGAUGCUUUAGACAUAGUAGUUAAAUUAAACCUGCCAUUUUAAAGUACAAAAUGACUAUGUUCUUUAAAGAUGUAAAGCUGUUAAUGAUUGCGUUAAGAAUUGUAAAAAAUAAAUGUAUUUGUAUGGCUUUUAUAACUGCACAUAAAAAUUUAAAUUCCUGUUGUUGACCUAAUGUGCCAUACUAUAUGGGUUAUGUUAAGUUACAGGAAAGCAAUUUAAUCUAAAACAGUUGUACCAAAAAGUAUUUUGUUCUGAAAACUGCACCUAGAGGAAAUGCCACUUUAACACUGGAAGAGCUAUAUAGAGGUAAGGAUACCUGGUUAGUAGUGCACUAGAGAGUUUAAUUCAAAUGCCAUUGGUCUAGGCUUAAGUAUUUGUCAUUCCCUUAGUACUAACAGAUGUCCCUAUGGUAUUUAAAUGCAUCUUAAUUUAUCUUGUAGAAGAUAUCUGUAAUUGGCUAUGGCACUGAAGGACAACCUCAAACUUUCUAUAACAGGCAUAAAUGUACUGGUUUUAUAAUUAAAAAACAAGAAAUGAAUCAUUCAUCUCUAGUAAAAGAUGACAGUGACUUAGUUAAAAAAUCAGUCUGCUCAAGGAAUUAACUAAUAAUGUGCCCAUAGCUCACAUGUCUAUAAGUCACCUAGAGCAGAAAAAUUAAUAGGUACUAUUUAUGGCACUAAAUAUGGCUAGAAGAAACAUGCUGCCAUUACUGUAUGCUAAGGAACAUUGAAAUGGCUUUGACAUAACCGUAACAGCCUUUACUUGUUCACAAUCAAAGCAUGACAAGUGUUAAGAAGUUCUUGCAAACAGCAAGAACAGAACAGCAGUAAGGCUGAUAGGCUUUUGUACAGUCAUUUUAACUCUGAUUCACUGAUACAUCUUGAACUGCUAGUGCAGAAAUGCCAUCUAAUGCUUAAGAAAUUUAGUAUAUGCUGAAAGUUCCCAGGGGGUAAAAAGUAUAUAAGACUAAAGCUUUUCUCUCCUCUCUUUGGAUUAUUACUGUCUCUCCUCAACACAAAAAGUGGCAACAAGAGUUCUACCUGCAGUUUUCAGUUCAGGCCACUGCUUUCCAAACCUCAUGAAACAGCAGCAAAGCUUAACACUGUGGUCUAAAGUUAAAAGCUUAUCAGUCCAAUUCCCUGAUUUCUAUUGUCUUCACUCCAUUAAAGGCCAAUUGCAACACAAA